UCAGUUUUCUGACCCUCUCUGAUAGCGACGCUGUUUCGCGGAGACGCAGAAGGCCUGGCCAGGUUUGAAAGGCCGCAUUUGCCGUUCGGAAAAUGACAGUUGAGGUUGAGGACACUUUAAGCAGUGAAAAUCUCUUUCGAGCAACGUUGAGGUUGAGAUUUGAGAGAGAAUGAGCAUCAACAACGCAGGGAAGCUCGUUUGCGUCACUGGUGCUUCUGGCUUCAUCGCUUCAUGGCAGAUGAUCCUAAAAAGGUAGACCACUUGCUCAAACUUGAUGGUGCAAACGAGAGAUUACACCUGAUUAAAGCAGAUCUCCUGGAUGAAGGUUCCUUUGACCCUGUUAUUAAGGGGUGUGAGGGUGUCUUUCAUACUGCGUCUCCCUUUAUUAUCAAUGAUGUCAAAGACCCACAGGCUGAACUGAUCGAUCCGGCUGUCAAGGGAACGCUCAAUGUUCUCAAGUCAUGUUCUAAAUUUCGAUCUGUGAAGCGAGUUGUUUUAACUUCCUCCAUUGCUUCAGUUGCAUAUGAUAGAAAACCUAAAACUCCUGAAGUUAUUGUUGAUGAGACAUGGUUUUCAGAUCUAGAUUUAAGUAGAGAAUCUAAGCUGUUAUACAGAGUUUCCAAGAUUUUGGCUGAAGAUGCUGCAUUGAAAUUUGUAGAGAAGAACAACAUCGACAUGGUUACCAUCAAUCCAGCCACAGUGAUUGGACCUCUCUUGCAACCAACACUCAAUACAAGUGCUGCUGUAAUUUUAAAUCUAAUCAACGGUGCACAGACAUUUCCAAAUAAUAGUUUUGGAUGGGUCAGUGUGAAAGAUGUUGCAAAUGCCCAUAUUCAAGCAUUUGAAACUCCUUCAGCUAGUGGAAGAUAUGUGUUGGUUGAGAGAGUGGCACACUUCUCUGAUAUUGUAAAGAUUUUGCGUGAGCUAGAUCCAUUGUUGCAACUUCCUGAAAAGUGUGCGGACAAUAAGCCACUGGAACCAAUAUAUCAGGUUUCUAAAGAAAAAGCAAAGACAUUGGGGAUUUAAUUCAUUCCAUUGGAAGUGAGCCUAAAGGAGACUGUGGGAAGUUUGAAGGAAAAGAAAUUUGUCAACUCUUUCCUCUGUAAUCCCUCUUUGAAUAGUAAUGAUAAAAGUUGAUUAGCUAAAGCAAGCUUUAAGUUGGUAUCUUUGGGAAUUAAUAGCUCCAUCUCCUCUGUGAUAAGACAUUUAAAGAAGGGAUACAAAGCUUGUAUUAUGUAUAUAAA